ACAAGACCUACCGCCCAACGUCUCAGCUCAGGUUCCGGCUCCGUUUUUCGACCUCUCCUCCGUCCAUGGCGCUCCGGUUCGAGGUGUUAGGAAGAUUUAAUCGUGCUCGCGCAGCUCGGUUAACUCUGCCACACUUUACUUGUCAAACGCCACUUUUUAUGCCUGUUGGUACCCAAGGUACAAUAAAAGGCUUGACUACAGACCAGCUAGAGACUAUAGGUUGUCAGAUUAUUCUUGGAAAUACCUACCACCUUGAACUUCGUCCUGGCUCUCAACUUAUUGAUGACUUGGGUGGCCUUCACAAGUUUAUGAAUUGGAAAAGGGCAUUGCUGACUGACUCUGGUGGUUUCCAAAUGGUUUCUUUGCUGCAUUUGGCUGACAUUACUGAGGAAGGAGUUACAUUUCAGUCACCCGUUGAUGGGAAACCCAUGCUCUUGACGCCUGAGGAAUCAAUCCAUAUUCAGAACAACAUUGGAGCUGAUAUAAUCAUGGCUCUUGACGAUGUUGUUAAGACAACAAUUACCGGCCCGAGGAUAGAGGAAGCUAUGUAUCGUACCCUUCGUUGGAUUGAUAGGUGCAUAGCUGCUCACAAGAAACCUGAUGUUCAAAACUUAUUUGGGAUUGUGCAAGGAGGAUUAGAUCCGGUUCUGAGAGAUAUUUGCGUGAGGGGCUUGGUUGAGCGGAACCUUCCCGGAUAUGCCAUUGGUGGUCUUGCAGGUGGUGAAGAUAAAGACUCGUUUUGGCGUGUUGUUGCCCAGUGCACCGCUGGAUUGCCUGAAGAUAAACCACGAUAUGUUAUGGGUGUUGGUUAUCCACUUGAUAUUGUAGUAUGCAGUGCUUUGGGUGCAGAUAUGUAUGACUGUGUCUAUCCAACACGCACUGCUCGCUUUGGGAGCGCACUUGUGCCUGAGGGUGUUCUGAAGUUGAAACAAAAUGCAAUGGCAACUGACGAACGGCCCAUUGAUCCUUCCUGUCCAUGUAUGGUCUGCAAGAACUAUACCCGUGCAUACUUGCAUUGUCUGGUCACGAAAGAUCCUAUGGGUUCUCAACUGCUGUCAUAUCACAAUUUAUCAUUUAUGGCGCGGUUAAGUAGAGAUCUCCACAUGUCGAUUCUUGAAGGGCGAUUUCCAGAAUUCGUUAGAGGAUUCUUGAGGGUGCAGUUCCCAAAGGGCGACGUGCCAAAGUGGGUUCACAAUGCAAUGGAGGUUGCUGGCAUCGACAUAUCGGAGUGCUGCACCCCGACCAACUGCCAGCACGACGCAAUGGAGGCUGCCGGCGUCGACAUUUCGGACUUCUGCCCUCCCACCAAAUGCCCCUGACGCGGAACGCUCAGGGGCAUUCAUUACGGAUACCACGAUACCAGUUGACUAUAGGGGAGGGUUGUCGCGUGGAAGUGAUCCCUCAUACUUAACAUGACGCGUUUUCACGAGGUUUUUUUUGGGUCAUAGACUGUAGGCCUGGCUCUCAUCCAUUGCUUCAGCAUAGAAUUUUCCAACAGUAUGCUGAAGUCAGCCGCCCAUAGGUUUUGAUAGUCUCCAAGGUGUUAUAGUACGUAUCUGUCAUUGAUUGUUUGCAAGCUGCUGCAAAUGUUUUUGCUGCAAGGACAGUCCACGGGAAGUUGUAACAGCAUCAUUAUUUAUACUCACGAAAAUUGUUACUGUGACGCAGGUCAUUUUGUUUCA